AUGCCGCCUACACUCAGAAGACAAGCUAAGCGCCAUCGCCAGUCCAGUGGACCCGUGCGGUCCAACACAACGCUUUCUCAAACGACAACGCUCCCGUAUGUUCCAGCAGUCAACUCGUCGCUGCUCAAUUUCGUCGAUGCUUCUAUUCUCAGUAAAUUGGAACUUCCCACGUUCGAUGGAAACAUCCUUGAGUACCCAGAAUUUUCGUCUCGGUUUGCCACGUUAGUCGGCAAUAAGGUUCAACUCGAUGACACGACAAAAUUUUCCUUGUUGAAAUCUUGUCUGCGAGGUCGUGCUCUUCACGCGAUACAAGGACUCUCCAUGACUCCUAACAACUACAAGAUCGCUAUGGACAUCCUCGCCACCCACUUCGACGACAAAGAAGGUCGCAAUCUUCAAACUCUGUACAACCAAAUGUUUGCUCUAGUUAGGCAGUUUGCUGAAGACGGAAAUGACUCAAACGAGACCGGUUUAGGAGCAAUUCUGCUUAACAAACUUCCUGCCAGAGUACGUAGUCAGAUAUAUGACAAGACAAACAAUAGCCACAACCUCUCCCCGACCGAACUGCUACACUUGCUCACCGAUAUAGUCCGUAAAGAAGCCGCACUAUCAGAGAUUGAUUAUCACGCAUGCAUGAACCGUUAUCCUUCAAGUCACGAGCUUCAAGUGGAGUUCCGGUCGAAGCCUCAGCACUUUUCAUAUUCAACACAGAAGAGAAAAGAAUGUUCCUUUUGUCGAAAUUCCGAUCACACCUCUCUCGUCUGCGACUCCUUCCCGACCCCGCGUGAUCGAACUCGUCGAGUAGAACAACUACGUCUAUGUUACAACUGUCUCUCCAGUCAACAUGGUUCUAAGGACUGCACAUCCAAACAAUCCUGUAGAUUCUGCGCCAAGCGUCAUCACUCAUCGCUGUGCCCUAAAUGCUCUAAUGUGUCUAAUCCAGGAAGAGAGACUCCGCAACCUGGCCACUCCUUCGCCCCUAACCCCUCCUCGUUCCGAACUCACGAGCAGUUUGUUAGUGUUUCACCAAAAGAAACGACAAACAACCCUCAUCAACAAGAGGACAAUAUCAUCCCAAUAGUUAGCAGUCCCUCCCAUCAGAAUCGAAACAUACGUUCACAAGCCACACUCAUGUGCACCUCCGUAGCCCUCUUUAAUCCUGCAAACUCUUCAAAGACAACAGCUGUUACUGCAUUUUUCGACUCAGGUUCCACCCAGUCGUACAUCACAGACGAACUAGCACGACUCCUCGACCUCCAGAAUAUGUUAUCCGAAGAGAUCUCUGUGUCAACAUUUGGCACUACGACUCCUCUCCGACUGAAAUCUCGAAAUCACGUCGUUGGCAUCAAGACAGAGAAAGGAGAGAAUCAUCUUUAA